AAUGAGUGACGGAUACGAACUAUACAAAGAGAGCGUCGUCAGCAAUCCGAUAUGUAAAGCGAAGGAAAGUGUAGGAACGGAGGAGUGUCGCGACAAUCGGCAUCGACUAUCGGAGAUCGGAGAGAUCGAGCAGCCAGUGGCAGUACCAACGAGCAGCUUGAUAUUCGUCGGACGCACGCCACGGAGUCCGUCUGCGUAUGGACGCGGAAUAAAUUAUCCGAACGUCUGUCCUUCUUCUCUCCUUUUCACCAUCGUACCCUUCUCUCUUCUUCCCUCUUUCUCUAUCUUUCUCUAUCUUUCUCCAUCUUUCUCUAUGAUCGCUCGUACCUUUUCCUCUAACGACCGUCUCUUUCCCCUAUAGAUCGUUCUCCCACCGAUGUCUAUAACGAUUUCUCAUUCGUAGUGGUGGGACGAUACCGGAAGUGAAGUCAGAACGGCGGAACCAGACGUUCACUCAAUGGAAAGUUUGAGUCGUUUCAGUGCGUCUAAGAAGGGCCGAGCGUAGAUCGGAGUUCCGCUCGCGUGGAAAAUCCGUUUCUUUCGCCGGGCACGCAGCAUUCCCGCUCGCGACUCGCGCGUGCACGGAACAAACUCGAACUACCGUAGAAAAUACGUUCGCUCGACGUACGAUCGCAUCCUUCCUCUCGCCGUGUAUCGAUCGACGAGCAAAUCCCCUUUCGGUCACAUCGGUGUCGGACGCGACGGUGAUACCGGGGUGAAAGAUGUGCCCUGGCGUUUCUUUCGAUUUCGUAGAAACUCGCGACGAAUCGGUCGGCAUCGAUGCGACUACUUCGAAGAAACGCGAAAGAGGAGAAGAUCGAGUCGACGAAUAUCGGUGAUGAACGUUCUUGGUAUCCUCGCGAAGAACGAACGAGCGAAACGAUGUUCGGCUUCGAAGAUGAUCCGAGUCGUAGCACGUUGAAGGAUACGUUGGAGAUGGAAGAUGGUGAUUUUUUAAGAGAAAGCGGAAAAACGACGCGUACUGUGUAGACGUGUGUUUCGAAAUGGAAGACUACGAUAAUUAUAGUCGAACGAAGCACCGGGUGGCGUCGGUUGCCGGAAUUUUAAACGAAACGCGUGAUUUUAAUAAUUCGUCCGCCUGAACGGUACAUAAUUCAACGCGAACGUUUAUUCGGGUGGUAAACGUUUUACGUGGAAAAGUGGCAAGUUUUCUUUCGAGAAAAGUGGAGAUUCGAGCGAAAUAUCGUGAAAUAAAACUAUAUGUACGGUUGUUACGAGACUCUGUCGAGCUACGGUGGAACAUUUUCGACAGCGAAGGAAACGGACGCGAUCACGACGUUGCUCGUGUGCGUUUUCUUCAUCGUGGAACGUACGAUUCGACGAGAGUGUAAUUAUGAUGGAAACUUGGAUGGCUUGCGACACGCGUCUUUUGCGAACACGAAACUCGUUGGUUUAGUUAAUUCGAACGACGAUAAAAUCGGCCUUCUAUUACGAGAACGAAGGAAUUAACCGUUUAAUCGUAAUUACGGAUAAAAUCCCGUUUCGGAGGCCAGUUUCAUGGUUGGCCGUUGAUUUUCAGCAUUUUCAGCGUUUCCAGCGAAACGAGAUACAACGAGCACACUUUCACUCGCGUGUUACGCGUGUUUCUCGAUUAAAACGCUACGAACGCAUCGUUCGACUUGGAAUUUGCCAGCUAGUGAUGACAGGUUGUUCCUUCGGUGUAGAAGGUAUUCGCGAGGUGUUCGUAAAACGUGUAGGAGAGGCUCUUGGUGCAUUCGCGACAGCAUACCUCAGAAAUGGUCAGCCAACACGCGAUGGCCACUACGGUUCGCAGAGUUAAGCAGGAGAAUCGUCUGAGGCGACAAAACCAAAAUCAAGAUGAGGAGGGACUUUACAAGCCUGUACCACCACCGAAACCGGUGCCGAACAAUCAAAAGAAUCAGAAUGGGCAGGAGAGCAGCAGAGUGCAGACGGUAGUGGAGCAAUCGUCGCGGCCGAUUUCCGCUAUAGAAAGGAACGUCACGUUAGACGACAACCAGGUUCGAAGUUCCGGGCAGAAUCCUGCACCCGAAUACAGGAUGCCACCGCUCUACGGGGAGGAACAGAGCUCGAAUCAGACUCAACAGGCAGCUAACUUGCAGACUCACAGCAGCAAAUUUCCAAUCGAACGCGAGGUUGUUCUGUCGUCGGGAGACAAAAAUUCCAAGAUUCCCAUUCUACACGAGUACAAACAAAGAACUGCCGGUAGAGUGGCGAUUGCACCGGAUGCUCCGAUCAAACAACAGGCUUGGGUUCAAGAGGGCACUCAGAUGCAAGAAGUGAGACAGGAGGGUCAAGCCAGGAGUUAUCAGCCAGCGGAAUCUUACGCGUCGACGUCGGCUGCAUCGGCGCCAAGGACCACCAAAAUCGACGAAGACAAGAGCAAGUCCAUUUCGAGAACUUAUCACACGAUCAAGGACAUGAUAUCGAGCCGUUUCGGGCAGAGUCGCAAGGAUGCCGAGCCGGAACCGGAAGCGAGUUUGAACAAUGUCACGGAAGAACUGAGAAAGUCCAGCAGAAGCAUCGAUGAGGAGGAGGCGAAGAAGAAGGAAGGGAUUUAUGGGAAGCCACGAGCACAGGAACCUCCUGUUAAUAUGCAGCAAUAUCCAAAGAACGCAUGCGGUCAGUACGGGCACUCGUAUAGUUACCUGAGCAAUCAACAGAACGUACCGCUUCCUGGACAACUUCAGCCUACGUCACAGAUUCAACCCAAUUUACCAGGCCAAAGUGCUCAGCUUCACGUGACGCAUCACGCUCCACCUGGAGGAGUUCAAACGGUCCAUCAAACUCAAGUUCCUGGUUUUGGCCAAUCAGCGACAGGUGGCCAGCAGGUGCAAAAUGUUGCGAGGGAAUACGUUGUUCAGGGACCAUCUGGAUUGCCGAGUCAGCAAUUGCAUCAAGGACUUCAUCAGAGCCCUCAGAACCAGGGCCAGAGCACGCAGAUGCAGAAACCUCAUGGUCUAGGCGUGCAACCGCACCAGGUGGGGAACGCGGCGAUGCAACCGUCGAAUCAAAACUUCCAGAGUGCGCAACAAUUGUUGCAUCAGAAUCAGAGCCAUCAUCAGAGUCCGAGAUUCGCGCAGCAGCAUGCACAGAACAUGCAUCAACGACAACUGAUCCAGCAGAUGCAUCAGCAGCAGCAGCAGCAACUGGUCGGACAGCAAAAUAGCCAAAGCGCCGGCGUCAGGAACGUGCAGCAAAGCUAUUUCUCGAACAACGUGUCUUAUCAGCAAUACCAACAAGCUCGACAAACCAUGUCAAGAUCUCAGAUCGAUCUACCGAGCACUUCCAGACAAGCUCAAGAGCUGAGGCUGCCCGGACAGGAAGUGUAUUACCAUUAUGCUCAAGGUCGACCGAGGUACGGUGUACCGCAAGUCUAUAUGAAAGCCGAAAGUAACCAGGAAGCAGAGUUUCAGCGACGAAACUCGACGAAAGGUAUCGAGAAGGCGGCGUCCCAGCCGCAGCUUUCGUACGAGGACGAAAGGUCUGGCUGCGUUAACGAACAAUCGAGAAAUCCGGUUGACGGGUUAAAAACUCUUACGGUGGAUCCGUUGGACAAAGAAAGAUACGAGAUUACGGUGGAAGAUCGUGGACAAGGGGAAUUCAGGAGAAGCGAUUCUCAAAGGAAAGACGAGUAUCGGCCGGAAACCAGCUUCGCUAUUCGCAGAGACGAUGCCGUUAGGUGUUCGAAGAGGGAACAGGAACAGCUAGGAGUGACCGCCGGUCAGGAAAGUCAGGAGCCGGAAGGAACUUGCGUGCAAAAGAGAAUCGAAGAGUUGCAGAAACGAGCCGAGGAGAAUCAUUACAACGGAAAAAUGUCGAAGGAUAGUAUCGAAACGGACGUGGGUAGGAGUUCGUGCGGGUCGAGAAUUGGAAACGGCGAGCCUCUGAAGAGGAUGGAGAAUCAAUACGCAAAGGAUUGCAUAGCGAAAUCGGAGGCAAGGAAAGACGAGCUGGAACACGGUAUCAGCCGAUUGAAAAUCCAGAAUCAGGGAUCUGGAUCGGAUUACGAUAAAGCUGGACAGAGUUCCUCCAAUGUUGAUUCGGGAAGAGGAUCUGCUGUUUAUUCCAGCGGAAGACGGCCACCACCCGAAGACCAAACUCACCCCCCAGUACAGGAUUCCGAAUGGGUGGACAUAGUCGAGUCGGAACUGAGAAGCAUUUUAGAACCAAGAGACGUCCCCGCGAUGGCGCAUUCCACCCUGUCCGAAAGUGUAUCAUCGGUAACGCCACCUCUACCGCCGCUUUCGCCCCAUGAAAGUCCCAGAACAUCGAGAAAUCGAUACUCGGCGAGCUUACCAUACGGAUCGAAACCCAAUUACAACGAUUACAGCAAGGCUAUAGAGAAAAGAAGCGGGUUCCCGGGUAGUUCGAAGCAUCGUGGUGCGUCUACUUCCAAAAAAGAUGCUGCGAAGAAAUUCUCUCAUCUUUUCGGUGUAGAAGCAGCUGACUUGACUUCGACCACCACUGGACUCGAUUUAGACUCGAUGCUGGAUAGAAGCGAUUCCGAUUUAAGUACAAACGACGCAAGAACGAUUAGGAAGCAGUUGGAAGGUCUGGAAAAUAUGUACAGCGAGGUACUGAAAUUGCUCGGCGGAAGUGUGAAAAAAAGACGGAAGGCCAGAGGCCUGGCCAGUUACGGUUCCGUCUCAUCGUUGCCGACGUCGUCCGUUUCAUCGAGACCUGUUACAAGGCACCAUGAUAAACGUAGAUCCCACGCGAUCGACGACAGAAUGAAGAAAGCCAAAGACAUAAAGAGCAUUAACAAACGCUUCCAACGACUAGAAUCUCACGUAGUGACGCUUGCCAGAUCGGUGGCACACUUGAGUUCGGAGAUGAGGACGCAACAUUUGAUGAUACAGGAAAUGGAGAACAUAAGGGGCGAGAUUGCUGCACUCAGGACUCAAACGAGCAUGGCAAUGGUGAGGUCGCAGUCUCAACCGCUGAUCAAGGAUUCCGAGCUGCCGGCUCUUUCCAACCCUUCGAGGGUGAAAAAGCUCACCAAGUUCUUCGGCACAGAACCACCGCUCAUCAGACUAUUCCUCAGGGAACUUGGGUAUGAGAAAUAUGCAAAUGCGUUUGAGAAAGAAAAGGUCGGUAUGGUAGAGCUUCCCUACCUAAGCGAAGAGAGAUUGCAAAAAAUGGGUGUUCCCUUGGGACCAAGGCUGAGGAUUCUGCAAGAAGCGAGGAUAUCGGUGUGUAAGGAUCCAAUUUACGUUGUGUGAGUGCCACGGAACGCGUUGUUCUCCGCAAGCCAACGCAGCCAACUCCGAGCAGGUACAUCCGGAAGCCGCCGAAGGAGAAUUUUUAUCCUUUCGUUUUUUAAUACGAUCGUGUUUCUUCGAGUUUUCAGGUUUCAUCGUUAUCCGUUCGAACGCUUUCAACGAUCGGUUUUGAAUGGCGAAGCGCGACGUUUCCGAUUUCACUCGAAAGACGAGCCGAUUUUCCUGAUGGAACGAUGAAACGAUGAAACAAUGAAACGUUAAAGCGGACGACUAUUCGCUCGAAAAGUAAAUUAACGUUUGAAAAACAUGCAAGUCUAACGAAGUCGACGAAAUAAAUUAAAUGUUCAUUGCGUGUAUUAAUUACGAGUCGUAUAGGCGUAUAGUACUAAACGUAUGCGAACUUCGAUUCGUAUAUUACAGAUAACGCGUAUUGUUCUCGACUGUAGUAUUAAUACGUAAUAAGUAUAAUCUGCAAUGUAUCGCGUUUAAUACGUGCUGGAUAGAACGCGCGUCAGAAACGUAUCGACGAUUUAAGUUUUCCAGUUAAGAUUCCGUUAUUCGUCAACUUGCUUUGCUUCUAAUUUUGCUUCCGUAAUUUAUUAUAAAUUAUUAGUAAAGCGAGCACAUCGAUACGCGUAUAAUACUUAUGUAUUGUCAUGUAUAAUUGGCUGAAUCGUUGUCGGAUAUCUCACGUAUCCGUGAUAUACGCGACAAAUACGUAAAAGAGCAGUUACAAAUACGAAGAAGCGUUGUAGGAAAAGCAUCGUCUAUCUCUAUAUAGAGGUAAGAAAAGAGGUAAUCGUUUAAUUAACGGUAAGAACAAUUUUUUACCGUUGACAGUCGAUUACGAAACGAACGUCCAAUUGUAAUAACAU